AUGACGGAUAAAGGAAAUGACGAAGCGGUGCCAAGAGUCACCGAACAAAUGAGAGAAGUGAUUGCUGAAGAGGUAGGAAAAGCAAUCGAGAACAGUUUGUCGGGUUUCAUCGAUAAAAUCCAAACCACGGUGUUAUCAGUGGUGGAUGAAAGGAUAAAGAAAUUGGAGGAUAAUGCAAGUUCAAACAAGGAGAAAUUGGUAGAGCGUAAGGGUUGCUCGUACAAAGAGUUUAUGGCAUGCAAACCACCACUCUACAACGGAGAAGUGGAUCCGAUAGUGUGUCAAAGGUGGUUAAGUGAUAUAGAGGGGGUAUUUGAGAGAACCCACUGUGACGCAAAUGACUUCGUGGCGUAUGGCACGGGUCAACUGAGAGGACAAGCAAAAGAUUGGUGGGAUAAUAAGAAAAAGGAAAUCGGUAGUGAAGAAGCGAAAGCGAUGACAUGGGAUGAGUUUAAGGUACCCUUCCUUAAACAUCACAGUCCCAAGGCGGUUAUUAAUCGAAUCAAAGAGGAAUUUAUCCAGCUUAGGCAGAAGGGCGAGUCCAUUGAUAAAAUCACGGGAACUUUUCUUGACAAAUUAAGGUUCUGUGAUGAAUUGGUGACGACCGAAGAGCAGAAGGUGUAUUAUUAUUAUAAUAUGCUAAGCGCGGAGUAUCGGGGGUUUAUGACUCCCUCAAAAUACGAAACCCUCACCGAAAUCAUCAACGCCGCUCGGGAAAGAGAGAUAGAGUUGAAGAAACAAAUAGAGAGGGGUGAAAGAAGGACGCAAGUGGUUAAUCCAAGUCCCACGAAAAAGGCACGCGUGAGUGACUCGUCAAAGAAGCAAGAAGGAAAGAGUAGCACGCCAAGCUGUAAAGUGUGUGGGAAAGGGCACAAGGGUGAGUGCCGGUUUAAGGACAAGCCGUGUCCUAUAUGCGGGAAGACAGGGCACACGGCUGUAUUGUGCCCGGGGAAAGUUUCGGUAUGCUACAAAUGCUAUCAGCCGGGUCACAAGAAAUCCGAGUGUCCGGAAUUGUCCGGAAAGAAGGAAGACAAGGGUGCGCACACUGAAGCACCAAAAGCAAAAGCUAGAUCCUUCCAGCUAACGGCAGUGGAGGCGAAAACGGAACCCGAUGUGGUCUCAGAGGUAGAAAUAGGUGACAACAAAAGUUUCCUUGUAUGUGAUAUAUGUCGAGAUUGUAAGAUAAGCAUAGAUGAUGAGGAAUACCCGAUAGAUUUAAUUCCUAUGUCCAUGGGAGAGUUCCAAGUAGUGGUCGGAAUGGAUUGGCUAUCCCGACAUAAUGCGAAAGUCAUGUGUUUCCGCAAGGAGAUAAAACUAAAAUCUCCAAGUGGAAAAUCGAUUAUCAUACGUGGUGAGAAGGAAGGAAAACCGGUUAUGUGCUCGAUGAUAAAAGCUUACAAGCUCAUGAAGCACGGAUGUAGAGCAUUCAUGAUAUACGCGAAUGAACCAAACAAAGGAUCGUUAAGGAUUGAAGACGUGCCUGUAGUGCGCGAAUACGCCGAUGUGUUCCCGGAAGACCUACCGGGAGCUAAUGUAGUGGCGGAUGCGUUAAGCCGAAAGACAGAUUAUGCACCUAUUCGAGUCCGAUCGAUGCAACUAAUUGUGACAUCGGGAUUGCUCGACCAAAUUCGAAAAUCUCAAGGUGAAGCAAUGAAAGAAGAGAAUGUGAAAAAGGAAAGAAUAGUAGGGCAGUUAAAAGAUUUGGAGGACGGCAACCAAUGA